AUGGGAGGACAGGGAUCGAGGUCGGGGGCAGCGUUGCAAGCUAUACUGCAAGGCCAGAAGCGAGCACCUAAGCGGGGAGAACAGCAAGGAUUCAAUAACAGAGGAGCAGAGGUGAAACAAGACAAAACUGAAUGGAGACCAUCUUUCAGGGAAUACCGUUCCUAUGAGACAGAAAGACAAGCAGAAUUCACGGUGGAAAGACCAAUUGAAAGAUUAGACCGUGAAAGGCCAAUAAGAGGUCGUGGCGGAGGAAGAGGUGGAAUGCGAGGUAGAGGAAGAGGUGGUGGAAUAAAUAGAAGUUUUGAUGGCUUUGAACAAAGAGGAAAACGGGAAUUUGAAAGACAAAGUGGGAAUGAUAAAAUUGGGAUGGAACAGACUGCUCCUAUGGAAGAAGCAGAAACAGCUGAGCAGCCAGGGGCAUCUGAAGGAGAGCCUCUGAACAAAGUUGCUGAAGGAGAGCCAAUGGAAGAAGUAGUUCAAGAAAUGACGUUAGAUGAGUGGAAAAAUCUUCAGCAACAGAAUCGACCAAAGCCUGAAUUCAACAUCCGGAAGCCAGAAUCCACUGUUCCUUCCAAAGCAGUGGUGAUUCACAAGUCAAAAUAUAGCGAUGAUUUGCAAAAAGAAGACUUUGAAGAUGAUUCUCAUGUCUUUCGAAGACCAGUGAAUGACAUAACAUCUCAGCUGGAUAUUAAUUUUGGGAGUCUUCCUCGCCCUGGCCGUGGAUCAAGAGGAGCACGAGGUGGUCGUGGUCGUGGCAGACGAGUUGAGGAGACAGGACCUCAACCAGAAGUAGUGGUGCAGCUUGUUGCUCCAAAUCCUGAUGAUCCUGAGGAUUUUCCAGCUUUAGCUUGAAGAACCAUUAUGAAUGGUGGUAUCUCAAAGUAGCUUCGGUGUAGCUGUGAAGAGACCAGUUUUAUGCUGGUGUGGAUAAAGAAAGUCUGUUUCUGCUGGAAAAGCUGUUUGGGUGUUUGGUGUGGAAUGAUUGCAGCCCUCUGCUAAUGGAGUUGUGUUCUGGAGAUACCGGUGGACUGGGAUCCUGUCACAGGUUCCAGUGUCUGCCUCCAUUUGUGAAAACUGUGUGAAGGCUUACAGUACUUCACUACAAGGCUUCAAAUGAAGUUCAAGAGUACAGUGUUUAAAAAUGUGUAUAUAGAGAUUAUAUCAAGUUCUCCAUGACACCAUGGUGAAUUGUAAACUGUACAACAUGGUCCGCAACUGGGACUCUAUUUCACUGUACAUUUGAAAGCUGCUUUCCCUGUUUCUUUGAACGAAGUAUAUAUUUCACACAGUCACAAGUUGCAGUUCUUCAGAGUUUGGCAAAUAAAGGAAAGUGCUCAUUGGU